CAUGACCGCAUCAUUUUCCGGUUAGUUCGCUUCAGUCCUAGAGCAUGAGUGGAAAGCAGAACCAUUUUGUUUUGUGUGGUUGAAGUAAUCUUUCUGAGGUAUAACCAAAAGCUGAGAAGCAAAGAAGCCAAAAGGUACUUGUGCUGUGUUUGGAGUGUUGGAAGCUCAGAAGACUGAAUCUUUAGGUGUCUUGAUAUUCAGAAAAGGAAUAUACUGCAGUCUUCUGUUUAGAAAUCUUGCCUAAUAAAAUGCUUGGAGAAGCCUUCCUAAUUGAACUCCUAUACAAAGAACAGAAAUAUACCAAAUUACGUAAACCACUCACAUAUAAGAAGACCUCAAAUGCUGAAAAGGAAACUUGGAAAAAACAGCUUUUAGGUAUAGAAGACAAUUCGCUUUCCCCUGAUAAAAUAGAAAAUCAACAUAAGGUUGAGAAAGAAAGGUUAGCAGAGCAAAUUAAUGAUAUGAAUAAAAGAAAAUCUGUGGAUGAGAUAACUGGAGCGAAAUGUAAAAGUGCAUCCUUUCCAGGAAAUGUGUCUGUUGCAUUGCCCAUUCCCAAGAGAGAAAAAUAUGAUGAAAGGCAGCAACUGGAUUUAUACCGAUCUUGGUCAUGCACAAGUAUUUGCCAGAAUUAUCCUGACCUACAGAUUGGAGGGGACCACGUGGGGAACAUGUACGAUUCAGGUUGCUUUGUGGAACACAUACGUGAUGAUGCUGUUAACGGUCCCCUUUUACUUUCAGUAGAUAUCCCAUUGGGCCAUUCUCCUACCACUGAGCCUGUAGAGAAACCACCUGCCCUGAAACUUUUGAGUGGGGAUGAAAUUCGAGAAAAAAGCAUGUUGUUUUAUAAGCAGCCCCUCUCUAAUUCUAUGCUUAACAGUUAUAUGGAGAAAAAAGUGGAUGAAGUCUACAAACAGUUUUUGGAAGAAAAUCUCACAAAGUGCCUUUCCAUAACCAAUCUUAUGACUUCCAACUUGCUAAUGAAUAAUGUGAAUCAGAUUAGCCUUCAAAUCUCUCAAGAGCAGAACAUAGAGGCAUCGAAAGGCCUGGAAGCUCACCUACAUUGUUCAAGAAACAGCUCUGAAUUCAGCACUCCUAACCUACAAAUAUCGAACCAGAGAAGUAGGGAAUUUGUGUCACAUCUACGUUAGGAACCAAUGAUAAGUUUAUUGGACUGAUUUAAAGGACUGGGGUAACAAUAGUUUUCUCUGGUUCCUGUCACAUCAGGGCUCUUUUGGGGUGUGGUUAUUAAAUUUUUUGAGAAAUUAUUUCAUGGUACAUCUGCAUUCUUUUAGGAGACAAUUUUAAUAAUUAAGUUGUAUGACUAUGUUUUCUAAUGACUUUGACAUGUUUAAUAGUUGCCACAUUCAUGUUUGUAAAUUUCCUAUGUACUUAUUUAUUUAGUUGCCACUGGCAUCCCAAAUCGAUUACCUCACUCUACUCAUCAGCUUUAUUUACUACAAAAGUGGUACAAAACUGGGUCAAAGAGAAGAUUAUUGCUUUCAGCUACUGAAAGGAGCACUAGAAACGAUAUCAUAAAGAGGCAUUUAUUUCACCACAAAGUGUUUAAAGACUUAUAAGUAUGCUUAAAUGUUCUUUCUUUUAUUUUCAACACUCAUACUGUUUAUUUACACUGACAGAAUAGCUUAAGGAAAAUUCUUUUUUCUUCAGAGUUUAGACUUAUAUUGAUACACAGCUACACUCAUUCAUUUACAGACUUGUCUAUGGCUGUUUUUAUUUUGGGUUGUUUUUUGUUUUGGGUUUUUUUUUUGCAGUUGCAGA